AUGGCUGAACCAUCGGAAACAUCAGCAGGAAAUAUUAAUAUUAAUUCCAGUUUCACCACAGCGAUUCAACCAACAAGAAAAUUAGGCGGCCGUGGAACACCUCGCCGUAAAACACGUCGACUAAGUAAUAAUAAUAAUUAUGCAGCAUUAGUGGCUGCACGAACUCUAGAAACUAAAUUAAAACCAUUCCGUGCACAAUACCAAUUAUAUGAUCAACAAGAAUUAUGUGAUAUUACAAUUCUAUAUGAAGAUGGUCAUGUUGAUGUACAAAAGCAAGUUCGUAUACAUUCAACACGGCCAAUGACCCUACAUGAGAUAGAUUCAUCGGAAACAGGUGUACAAACAUAUAAUAUUAAUGAUCUUGAUUCAGCAUCCUCUGAAUAUUUAUUUGGUAAUCUUGAUAGCUUAAAAGCUGAAUUCUAUUCUGAAUCAAUACCAUCAGCAACACAUGCAAUAAAAACUGCAAAUGCAUCAAAUUAUUUUACUGGUUUACAACAGCGUCAAUUUUAUUCUCAACCAUCUCAUCACUAUUUGAAUUAUACACCUUAUCAAUAUUAUCCAUAUGGAUAUAAUUCUUAUGAUAGUUAUACGAAUAAUAUUCGCCAAAUAUAUGGUGAUGUUAAUGAAAAAUCAGAAGAUGAAGAAGAAAAAGAAAAAGGAAAAGAAGAAAACGAGCCAAAUCCAGUAUCAACAAAAUCAAAAAGACGAAGACGUCGACAUAAGCACCAACAGAAAACAUCUGAACAAUCAUCAUUAACUGCACCGCCACCUCCUCCUCCUACUACUACUACUCAAGAAGAUGAAAUAAUCAUUGAUAAGCCAAUUGAACAUCUCGAGCAUGAAAAUAUCACAACAGAAAAACUAACGAAAAAUAAACGACGAAGAAUACGAAAGCCAAAAAAAUCUCUUCCCAUUUCUUCUGAAACCGGUGUAAAAAUAGAAACUUCUAUUAAUAAUGAACAACCUGAACUAAAUAACGAAGUCGUUUUGUCAUCAUCAUCAUCACCGCCGCUGCCGCCUAUUCAAUUUACUGAACAAGAUUCUUUACGGGUUGAGUCUGUGAAGCAGCCGCGAUUAAUGUCAACGGAGUGCGUCAAACAUGCGAAUAGAAAUACUUCUACUGAGCAUGUUACGAACGUUCUAAAUAAAAGAAAAAAGAAAGGAAAAAGAAAAGAAAAAGAAGAACUGCGACCAAGAAAUUCUUCACGAACAACUACUGACAUCAGUUAUGAUGACUGGACUUCAAACAUUAGUGACAGUACAAAUAUUGUUGACAUACAUAAAAACAAUGAUAUACCCAUAAAAAAUUCAUUACCUAUCGCGAACAAUGAAGUGAUAUCAAAUGUUUCGAAAAAUCAAAACCCAUCAGCAAUAAUUAUCAGCGAACAUGAAAACAAACCAUUCAAUCAAAAUGUUUCUGUGCAGAAAAACAGAAGCAAAAAUAAGUUUAAUGAUCAACAAAAAAUAAAAUUAUCAAAUAGUCAAAAACAAUCAUUAUCGGAUCACAGUGAAAACGUCAAUACACCGCGAACAUCUGAUAUUAACGAGAUAUCUUGUUCUAAGAAGAAAUUCGAUAUGAAUGAUGAACGAUCAACGACUGAGUCAUGUUUGAAUAAAGUUCGCAAUCAAUUGUCAUCAAAUAACUCAAUGUCAACGACGAUAGAAGAUAAUUCUGAACGAUCACAGUCAACAACAACGCCAGCUGAUAUAGCCAUCAGUGAUGAUUUAUCAACGAAAGACAGUCACGCAUCUGUUAACAGUCGCAAAGACGAACAUUGUCAUGCAACAUCACGAUCUUCGUUAUCCGACGCUGAGAAUGUAACAGAAAACUUAACAAUCACCAAUAAAAAGCAAUCACACACAGAUUUAACCGAAGCAACACAUCAUGAAGGAAGUCAUUUGUUACACAUCGAAAAUAUUAAUAAACCAAUCGGAACUCAUUUGAAUCCUGAUGCACCAGAUUUUAAACCAAGUGAUACUUCUUCAACGUAUCAUUCUGAAUUGAUACCUAGACAUUCACAAAGACACGCAGCACAUGUAGAUUCGCAUAGUAUUCGUCAUCCGCGUACACGCUAUUAUUCAGACACAUAUCAUUAUCCAGAAUCUUCAAGUUCAAUAGAUACAUCAACGAUAAGACCAUUAUUAUCAAUUGUACCACAAUAUAUUCCAUAUGAUCCACAAUCAUGGAGUGCAAUAACUCAGUUGCCAUCAUCAGAAAAUGUAUGGCGUCCACAUGCCUAUAACGAUGUAUCAAAUACAGCGUCAUCAUAUUGUUCAAGACCGACUUGUCAAAUUUAUUCUCCGUUAAUGCAACAACAACAACAACAGUCAUUAAGCGACGUCAAUCAUUUGCAUAAUCAGCAUCAAAAUAAACACGCAAGAAAGCGAACGUGCACUUUUUCUGGCCGUGCUUUGGUUCAUACAAAUCAAACAAAACCUAUAAAGCGACAACGUUCUCUUUCCGGCCCUGAAACAUCUUUGCAAUCAUCAUUGUUGUUAUCGUCAUCGGAGCAUCUUGAUGGUAUCCAUUCUUUAACAAGAAUUAUGGUUGAUAUAUUACGAAACAUUAAUCAAGUCUCCGACGAACAAAAACAAAAAUACGCAUCAAUGUCAUCAACAAAUUCAAUUGCACAUUCGCUAACUCAAAACAAAUAUCAACAGCCUUCUAGUCAUUCUGAUCGGUUUUACUUCGAAAACGAAGAGAAAAGUCAGAAAUCUGAUGAAACAGAAAAUGACCUAGUUGAUUACCAUAUGUCUACGAAAGCUUCGCCGUUAUUGCCAUUACUGGUCGAUAAAGCCACAGGUAUUUUUUAUGGUGAUUAG